CAGGAAUGUCCCGAUGACAGUCAGAGGGAGUGGCACUCCCUUACUACAAGGACGCCGUGGCCAUCGUCAUCAUCGCCGUAACAUUCGAACAUUCGAACGCUGAAGAAAAGAGGCCGAGGCAAACACACCCGGACGUCGGCGCCAUGCUAUCGCUAUAGCAACAACAAUCACGACGACAGCAGUAACGACGACGAUACCAUGGCAGAGAUCAACGAGCCCCGCCCUGCGCACGACACAGAGCAUGGGGGCAAGAGCGCAGUAGAGCACAGCGCUGAGAUCCCUACGCCGCCCGCAUCCCACAACGACUACUCGGACGCCGCCUCCGUCGAUUCCCAGAACCAGCGGCCGCUGUACCGACGGCAUCCACGCGGGGGCCGGAAACAGAAGAAGAAGAAGGGCGGGCGGCUAAAGUCAGUGUCCGAGCUCGAGCUCCUGCGGGGACCUGGGCAGGCCCAGGAGGAGGCGGACGAGGAAGAUGAGGAGGCGGAGCCCGAUUCAAGGGACGAAAAUACAGCCAACGGCAAGACCUAUGACGGCGAGGAUUCUAAGAAGCCAAAGGCGUCGCGGCCGCGGUCACCUCGCACAGCACCUCGGCGCGGGACGGGUGUCCGAGCCUUCAACAUGCAGAGGGCUGAGUCCUCCAGCCGCGGGGGACCGCCUAUCGGAAUUAAGGUUGAGCGGCCGAACGCCAAGGGGAAGAGGAAGCAGAAGAGGGGCCAGGAACCCGAAGAGAAGAAGCAGGAGGGGGCGCAGAGCGGGGGUGAGGAGGGCGAGGGCGAGGAAGACGAGGAUAUGAGGAACAGGAAGCCUGUAUCCAUCCGCCUGGAUCUUAACCUGGAGCUCGAGGUCUUCUUGAAAGCCAAGAUCAAGGGAGACGUUACAAUCACGUUUUUAGAGUAGAGUAGUUCGUAUUACGUUUAUGCCCUGCAUUUGCCCUUGGCAUCAACUUGGACAUCCCGAGAAGGGUUUUAGACUACGGUGUUUCGUCCUAGACAAACGUCUUCUUGUUUAUAAUCAGUG